AACUCAAUAGAAUGGAUGACUGAACGACGGGACAAGCUAGUACUCGAAGCAAGGGACAAGUUACUCACCUUAUGUGAUCCAUUGGCUGAGCUGAAGAUGAUCGAUGCACUCCAGCGUCUCGGAGUUUCUUACCAUUUCAAAGAGGAAAUCGAUUUGAAACUACAUAAGCUUUCCUCACAGAAGUUUGACUGUGAGAACCUUCAUGGCAUCUCCCUUCAGUUUAGGUUGCUGAGGCAAGACGGGUGUUACAUGUCUUGUGAUGUAUUCCAAAGCUUUAUGCAAAACCAAGAGGACUUUGAGGCCACAAUGCAACGUGAUGCACGAGCUCUACUUGCACUUUAUGAGGCAACUCAUCUUGGCACACCAGAUGAGCAAUUUCUCGAAGAUGCUCAAAGGAAAACAACGAGUCUCCUAAAAUCAAGAAUUGACCGUCUUGAAAAACCACUUGCAGAUAAAGUGAAACAUGCUCUUGAGACACCAUGCUUCCGUAGGAUGAAAAUAUUGGAGGCUAGGUUAUAUAUCCUUCUAUACCAGAAAGAUACAGAAGAAUGCAAUGAAACACUAGAUGAACUCGCAAAACUGAAUUUUUAUCUUCUCCAACGCCUUUACAGGGAAGAAGUGAGGGAAAUAUGCGAGUGGUAUUAUGAAAAGGAAUCCCCACGGAGAUUAUUUUAUGCAAGGCACAGACCAGUAGAAUCAUACUUUUGGGCACUCGGGGUGUAUUAUGAACCACAAUAUGCCAAGGCUAGAAAGUUUUUAGCAAAAUUUAUAGCAACAAUUACACCAUAUGAUGACACUUUUGACAAUUAUGGUGUGUGGGAAGAGCUGCAACCUUUCGCUAAUGUCAUGCAAAGGUGGGACAUGAAGGAGGUUGAACAACUCGGAGAAUGCUACGAAGAUUAUGCACGGUUUAUGUUUGGCACCAUGAUUGAAAUAGAGAACGCACUUCCAAAAGACAUAGCAACCAGAAAUGUUAACUUUAUCAAAAAUAUUAUUAAUGAAGUAUGCAAAGGCUAUUUGACUGAAAUUUAUUGGAGAGAUAACAAGUACAUACCUCCCUUGGAAGAUCAUUUGAAGGUGACACUCGUUACAAGCUUUUAUUGGGCUACUAGUUGCACUGCUUUUGUUGUAUCUGAAGAGAACAUUACAGAGGAGGUUCUACAAUGGAUGUCUAAGUUUCCUCAAAUUGUAAAGGAUUCUUGUAUUGUAGCGCGGCUAAUGGAUGAUAUUGUUGCGCAUGAGCUUGAAACAGAAAAAAACAAUGUUGCCACUGUUGUAACUUGCUACAUGAAAGAGUACGGAACAACAAAAGAGGUGGCAAGUGAAUCGCUUUGGGAAGUUGUGGAGAAUGCAUGGAAAGAUAUGAACAAGGAGUUUCUCACCAUGACUGACAUACCAUCUUCACUGCUUAUCCGUGUAAUAAACCUUGCAAGGAUGAUGGAGACAAUGUAUAAGGAGAUUGAUGGGUACACAGACUCGGCGAUACUGAAAAAUCGGACAUCUCUGUUGCUUGAGCAGCCAAUGACGUUCUAG